CAAGUACGGAUAAUGUUAAAGAAGCAGAUUGCAAACGAAAUACAAUUCCCCCAUUUAGUAGAGUGGUUAGAGCAGUUGAAGAAAGAAAGUACACAUCCUUCUCUGUUAAAUUAGCUCACUUUUAGAACAAGAAACCAUGGUUCAGGUGGUAUUAUUUGCAUCAAACGCAUAUCUCUUUCCACUAACUAUUCUCUUCUCCCCCAAUAAUGACGAGGCGGCAGCAGCAGCACUCAAAGCCUUGGAGACCAUUCACAGCAAACUGCUGUUCAGCUGAAGACCAAACAAUCUUUCGCAACUUCAGCAGGUGUAGGCCAUCAAGGUCUGAUCUCUCCAAGGAUGUUGCUCAUCAACUGCCAUCCUUCCGGAGGUUGUCUUUUUCUGAUCUCAGCCGUUCUUCGUCCAUAAGGAUCAACGAGGAUCUUGCACAGUCUUUUGGGUCGGACUUGUAUGAUUUUCAACUGAGUGAGCUGCGUGCUGUGACUCAGAAUUUUUCGGUCAAUUUUUUGCUUGGAGAAGGUGGGUUUGGAACCGUGCAUAAGGGUUAUGUUGAUGAGAAUUUGAGGCAGGGUUUGAAGGCUCAGGCCGUUGCCGUUAAGCUCCUCGACAUUGAAGGCCUACAAGGACACCGCGAAUGGCUCGCAGAAGUGAUAUUUCUUGGGCAGCUGAGGCACCAGAAUUUGGUGAAAUUGAUUGGCUACUGUUGCGAGAACGAAGAAAGACUCCUUGUUUAUGAGUUUAUGCCUCGAGGCAGCUUAGAGAAUCACUUAUUCAAAAGGCUUUCUGCAGUAUCAUUGCCUUGGGCCACAAGACUAAAGAUUGCAAUAGGAGCAGCCAAAGGCCUUGCUUUCUUGCAUGGAGCUGAGACACCUGUUAUAUACCGGGAUUUCAAAACUUCAAAUGUCUUGGUAGAUUCUGAUUUCACGGCAAAGCUGUCAGAUUUUGGACUUGCAAAGAUGGGGCCUGAAGGAUCAGAAACGCAUGUCACAACAAGAGUAAUGGGUACCUAUGGAUACGCUGCCCCUGAAUAUGUCUCAACAGGGCAAUUGACAACAAAAUGUGACAUCUACAGCUUUGGAGUGGUGCUGCUAGAAUUGCUAACAGGAAAAAGAGCAAUGGAUAAGUCGAGACCAAAGAGCGAGCAAAAUCUGAUUGAUUGGGCAAAACCUUACCUGACUAGCAGUAGUCGGAGGUUGCGCUAUAUUAUGGACCCAAGACUUGCUGGCCAGUAUUCUGUCAAGGGAGCAAAGGAGAUUGCCCAUCUGGCAUUACAAUGCAUAAGUAUGAACCCUAAAGACAGGCCUAAAAUGCCAACCAUUAUCGAGACUCUUGAAAGCCUUCAAAACUUGAAAGAUAUGGCCGUCGCUUGUGGACAUUGGCCGGCAUCACCAAAAUCUGCUAGAAAUGGGGUUUUUGGUAAAGCUAGAAUGGAUGGUCACAGAGUUGGGAAUAUCAGGAAAUCGUCUCCAACUGCAACUGCAAAUCAGAAAUAAUCUCAAAGCUGAGCAGUCUCGAUGACUCAGGGCUAUAUAUCAAGUGUGAUAUAGAAAGUGUGUGAUAUUGUAAAUUAAAAAGACGCAUUUGAAACCCGAGGAAUGUUUAGUUGCCUAUGUAAAUAUAUAAAGGCACAUUUGGGAUC